AUGUCCGCAACUACCAGCACCCCGCAUACAGGCCCGGAAGCCGACCGUCUGCGCGACAAAAUCAAAGGCUGCAUCUACGGCGCAGCCCUCGGCGACGCGCUCGGCCUCGCAACCGAGUUCAUGACCCGCCAAGAUGCCUACCGCAUCUACGGCGCAAACGGCGAGAAGCUCGCCUUGGACAACAUGCACGCUGAUCGACACCGGUGCAAGUGGGAGAAGGGCGAUUGGACGGAUGAUACCGAUCAUUUGGUUAUUCUGUUGUGCUCGGUGCUUGCGACGGGAGGGGAACUCGAUCAGCGGGAUUUUGCGAGGAGGUUGAAGAAGUGGGCUGGGACGGGGUUUUUGACGCUGGAAAAGGCUGCGUUGGGGAUUGGGGCUACUGUCGGAAUGGUUCUCUCCCACAAAAACUUUGAAACCGAUCCCGUUGGCGCCGCCUACGAUGUAUGGAACCAUAAAGACCGCAACCUCGCCGCGAACGGCGCCGUCAUGCGCACGGCCGUUCUCGGAUGCCUCGACUAUCAGCACGAAACCAAAGUUUUCUGGAAUGCCGUAAACGCCUGCCGCAUUACCCACGCCGACCCGCGCUGCAUCUUCUCCUGCGUCGUCGUUUGCGUGCUCAUCUCCCGAAUGCUCCGUGGGGAUUUUCAAAAACCGUGGGUGCCCGUUACCCCAGAAGAACAACGAGCGGACAAGACCCCCCCAGCAGCACAACCCAUCACAUCUCAAAAACCCUACCGCCUCCCCGAACAAUACAAACCCGACCCAGACUCCCCACCCCCAAGCCCCAAAGUUUCCUGGACAAACCUAUUAGCCAAACUCUCCCUAUCCCCACCCCCCCACUCCGAAGACCGCCGCUGGCGAGCCAUCUACGACCGCCUCGCCGAGCGCAUCAAAGCCACGCCCAUGUCGUUCGAGAAACACCCAGCAGGCGAGCCGGCGCCGCCCUUCGCGUUCCCACCCACAGACCCGCAGCUCUUUGAGGACGUCAGAGCCGUCGUGGAGGCUUACAAACCCUGUCUCGAUUUCCACGCCACAGAAAUCCACAGCCAGCCCUCACCCCACGAAGAUCUCAUCACAACCCACUGCCUCACCCCCUCCAUUGCCCCCCUCAACCUCUCCGGCCCGGCAGGGAUCGGGUACACGCUCAAAUGUCUCGGCGCUGCCCUCUUCUGCCACACACGUACCAUCUCCCCCAGUCAACCCGCAGAGGAUUUUAAGAAGAUAAUGACGGGGUUGAUCAUGGAGGCUGGCGACGCGGACACGAAUGCGGCAGUUGCUGGGGCGUUGGUGGGAUGUAGGGUGGGGUUUAGCGGGUUGCCGGGGGAGUGGGUGGCGGGGUUGAAGCAUAGGGAGUGGCUGGAGGAGAGGGUGGAGGCGCUUGUGGAGUUGGUUUUGGGGAGGGGUCGGUGA